AUGUCUGAAAAGCGUGAACUAGAGUCAAUUGCUAUUGUGGGCAUGGGGUGCCGUUGGGCAGGAGGGAUUCGUGAUACAUCCGGUCUCUGGGAAUUUUUGAUCAACAAGCGAUCCGGAUACCAGGACUGGGGCGAGCCUCGCUUCUCAGCCAAAGGAUUCUAUCACCCUAACCCAGAGCGUCCAGGGACCACAGCCGCCAAGGGUGGCUACACUAUAACCGAGGAUCCUCGACUUUUUGAUCCGGCAUUUUUUGGAAUCUCAGGUCUUGAAGCAGAAACCAUGGAUGCGUCACAACGAAAACUCCUAGAGGUGGUUUAUGAGGCUUUUGAAAAUGCUGGAGAGACCUGGGAGAGCAUCAAUGGGGCACGCAUGGGAGUAUACGUUGCCGACGUCUCAAACGACAAUUUAUUUGUACAAACCCGAGACUGGGAAUAUGCGAGGCCACAUGCCUCCACUGGCGUCUGCCACAAUAUGCUGAGCAACCGCAUCAAUUACGUUUUCAACCUGAUCGGCCCAAGCGUUACUCUUGACAGCGCUUGUACCUCCGCCAUGUACGGCCUUCACAUGGCAAUGCAAGCCAUUCGUGGCGGAGACUGUGAUUCUGCUAUCGUGGCCACAGCAAACUGGAUUAUGGAUCCAGCUAUGCAGAUAGCCAUGGACAAGCUAGGGGCUUUAUCCGGUACUUCCAUGAGUCAUGCAUUUGAUGCUUCUGCAGAUGGCUAUGCGCGAGGCGAAGGAUUUGCCGCUAUAUACCUAAAGAAGCCCGAGACAGCCAUUAAGAAUGGCUCUCCCAUGCGCGCUCUCGUCCGUGGUAGCGCUAUCGGUGCGAACGGCCGUUCAAGCGGCAUCACCAAUCCGAGUGGUUCCGCCCAGGAGGUAAUAAUUCGCAAGGCAUACGAAAACACCGGUGGGCUAGACCCCUCGCAAACGCCAUUCCUUGAGUGCCACGGAACUGGCACACGUGUCGGUGACCCUAUCGAAAUCGAAGCGGCCGGAAAGGUUUUUGGGCCUGGACGAUCUGACGCGCCAGAGGACCGCCUACUUAUCGGAUCCGUCAAGACAAACCUGGGUCACACUGAGGGAGCGGCAGCUCUUGCUGGAAUCUUCAAAGCUGUACUCGCAUUGGAGACCGGUGUUAUUCCGCCCAGCAUUGGAGUGAAUACGCUGAACCCCAAAAUUGACUUCGAGAAGGCCAAGGCUGAAGUAGUCACUGAGGUCAUUCCAUGGCCAGAAGGCAAGCUACGACGAGCAAGUGUCACAUCCGCCGGUUUCGGGGGUUCUAUUGGACAUUGUGUCCUUGAUCACGUCAAUAUUUUAUAUCCGGACUACGUAAAGCCGGGAAUAUCGGGCACCGCAACACUCAAUGGCAGCUCGGUCAAACACUCUGCUGCAAAUCAGAAUAGUGUGACCCAUACCAACAGGUCAAAUGGACAUUAUAAUAGCCAUGCAAAUGAAAUCAGCAACACGAUAGCGGAGACCAAGCGUAUUACGAUUCUCCGGAAAUUCCAGUCAAAGGCAGUAGCUGAUGCUGACACUCGCCAAAUGGUGCUUUUACCAUUCGCAGCACACAAGGACACCUCUCUCAAGUUGAACAUUGAGGCACUGUCUAGUGUUAUUCACCAGCACUCUUUGGCAGAUGUCGCGUACACUCUAGGAGCCAGACGAUCGAAGCUUGCUCAACGAACCUUCCGCGUUGUGAAUACAAACGACGCUGCUCAGGGGCUUUUGAAUGAUGUCCAAAGGAUCUCCACGGCUGCGCCCGAGACUAUAAGUCUGGGCUUCGUCUUCACGGGUCAGGGAGCGCAGUGGCCCGCCAUGGGUGCUGAGCUCUUUGAAUAUAAUGUAUUCCGCACUUCCAUUGAGUAUUUGGACAGCAUUCUUUCAGCUGUGGCAGGAACUCGGUCUUGGACGAUUGAAGAAGUAUUGUCGGGGAAAUCUGGACCUGACUUUGUGCAAGCACCCGAGGCCUCGCAGACGGUAUGCACGGCAGUGCAGAUUGGUUUGGUGAACCUGCUCGCGUCUUGGUCUGUCUAUCCUUCGGGAGUGGUGGGUCACUCUUCAGGAGAGAUAGCCGCUGCAUAUGCUGCUGGUCGUAUCAGCGCCGCGGAGUCCAUCGCAGCUGCGUAUUUCCGGGGUCAGAUUGUCUCUCAGAACAAACAGCGUGGUGCGAUGCUGGCUGUCGGUAUGAGCCUAGAGCAAGCAGCUAAGUAUCUCGAGGGCAUCGAGCAGGACAUUAAAAUUGCUGCCAUCAACUCGUAUGAAAGUCUCACCCUAUCUGGUGAACAAGAAGUUGUCGAGAAACUCUCGGCAACACUCAACGAGGAAGGAGUGUUCAACAGACUGCUUAAGACCGGCGGCAAUGCUUACCACUCGCAUCAUAUGAUCGCACUAGGCCAAGAGUACGAGAAUCUACUCUCAAAGGGGCUUACUCGCCUCCAAAGUCUUGGACUACUCGAUGAACAGGAUCGAUAUCCAUGCAUCUCCUGGACCUCGUCAGUCACACUGCAUAAGGAAAUCACUACAAAUAGCGUCCCGGUAGCUUAUUGGAGAUCUAACCUCGAGUCUCCUGUUCGCUUCGCAGAUGCAGUUGUGAAUCUAGUUCAAGAUGAAGAUCUAAAUAUUGGAGCACUGGUAGAGAUUGGACCCCAUCCCGCACUGAAAGGCCCUGUGAACCAAGUGCUGAGAGGUAUUGGGAAGGAUAUCCCGUACACCGGGUCACUCACUCGCGGAGAGGACAGCAGACGAUCUAUCCUACAGCUCGCUGGGUCGCUAUUUGGGAUGAAUGCGCAGAUCAAUCUUACCGCAGUGAAUGCCACAGACGGCACGAGUAACGAGAAGCCAGUGCUCACACACGGCACUAUGGCCGUCGACCUUCCACCAUAUCAGUAUGACUAUGGGCCAGUGAGCUACUACGAGAGCCGCGUCAGUAAGGAGUUUCGCCUUCGCAAUGUUCAAAGGCACGACUUGGUAGGUUCCAAGGUGGCUGGGAAUGCAAAGCUCCGGCCUCAGUUCCGCAAUAUUCUCAGAUUAAAGGACCUUCCCUGGCUCAGUGAUCACCGUAUAAUGAAAGACGUUGUCUUCCCAGCAGCUGGCUUUGUAUGCAUGGCUAUGGUUGCCGCCUCACAGCUCUAUGAGGAAUACCUGAACGCACUGCCCAUCGCGGGAUUUUCACUCCGCAAUGUGGACAUCAAGGCGGCACUCAGAAUCCCCGAAGAUCAGCACGGAGUAGAGGUUGUGCUGAGCUUGGAGUUGACUAGUGAGAGCACCGUACAUGCCCCAUCAUGGACGACCUUCUCCGUCAGCUCCGUUACUCACGACUCGGGGGAAUGGACCGAGCACUGCACCGGUCAGAUCAAGCUGGAGAUCUCAAAUAUUGCCGAGACCAAAAGAAUGGAUUUCGGAAUUGAGUCUCGAGUUGUGGACUCGCGAGCCUGGUACAAGACUCUCGCAUCCAUCGGACACAGCUACGGGCCUGCUUUCCAAGCCCUCUCAGCAAUUCGUACAGCCGAAAACCUGGCGUCGGCCAGUAUCAGAUUGAAUAUAACAGCCGGUAUGGUCAAAGGAGGCGAAUCCGUGUAUCCGAUCCACCCCACGUCGUUGGAUGCCAUGAUCCAGCUUGGUCUCCUCGCUUGCCGCGGUGGGCAAAUAGAACGGGCAACUACGGCAUUUCUACCCAUCCAUUUCUCACAAAUGCAUCUACGCACUGGCAAUCAUCAGGAAACUUCUCUUCAGGGAACUGCUCUCGCUCAUGGUGAGCUCCGGGGCCUGCGAUCUGCCUACCUCCAGCUCCAACUACAGAACCAAGCAGGGGAGCUGCUCCUCAAUAUAAAGAACCUCCGCUGUAUCAGUCAUAUGCCGGAAAGCCAAUUUCCCGCCGAGGGUCCCAAAAUUAUCAGUCCUUUUAUGCGCAUGAUUUAUAAACCUGACUUCCGUGCGUUGAGCAACCGGCAGUCACGCAGCCUGUUUCCACCUCCAGCCGAGAACGCUUCCAAGGUCCCGAUACUUAAACUUCUUGACAGUAUUGCAGCGUUCAUCACAUUAGAUGCGUACGAUACGUUGAUAGGCAAUGUUGACAUCGAAAUACAUACAUCCGGCAUUUUGGGACAUUACAUCGCAUUGUUGAAAAAGCUUGUUGAUGAAACUGGAUCACCCCAGAUUACUGAAGCCAAAGCGCUCACUCUUGACCAGCGCUCUCAGGCACUCGGAAGGCUUUACGAAGAGGCCAGUGCUAUACUAGAGACGACGGUUCUUCGGCGUCUGCAUGAAAGCAUGUCUGAUAUUCUGCAGGGCAAGAAGACCGGCGCAGAGAUCUUAAAGCAGGAUGGACUGCUGGCUGAUUACGUUGAGAAUAGCCUGUUUAUCACUGGUGUCUACUCCCAGAUCACGAAGCUUUUGGACAGCAUCGGGCACGCUGAUCCUAAUAUCAAGAUCCUGGAACUUCGGGGAGGACGGGGACGCGUGGCUGGGUUAGUGCUAGAGGUUCUUAGUAGCACAACCGGCAUCAAGUGCUACCAGGAUUACACAGUGACGGACGACUCCGAAGCUGCACUCCGGGGGGCUCAGCUUCAACUCGCCAGCUACAAGGAUAUAAAAUUCUCCGUGUUGGACAUAGAGCAGGACCCACUGGCGCAGGGACUUGAGCCAGUCUACGAUGUAAUUAUCGCCUCGCAGGUCAUCCAUACGGCCUCGUCAAUCGUUCCUGCUCUCAAAAACGCCGGGAAGCUACUGAAGCCGGGUGGAAAGCUCAUCCUGGCUGAGGCCACAGGAGACAGCGCCUGGGUCAGGCUCAUCGGCGGCACCCAGCCCGGCUACUGGGGCAAGGCAGGGGACGGUCGCAUUGAUGGACCAUUCUUGGAUACCACCGAGUGGGAUAGAGCCUUGAGACUGGCUGGCUUCUCUGGAGUAGACGUGUGUUUGGAUGAUUACCCAUCUCCGACAUUGCAUUCGAAUGUCCUAGUUUCGACCCGGAUUAUCCCAGAUGCCUCUCCCUCGUCCGGGGUAGUCUGGCUGCUCCACGGCAAGAGAGUCCCUGGUUUGCUGAAGCAGCUCGCAGGUGAUCUGGAGAGUCGCAAACUACUCACAAAGACCAUGCCGCUGGGGAGCGUCCUGACCGACCUGCCUGCCGAAGCACGCGUGAUUGCCUUCUUAGACGACGAGAACCUAUUGUUGGAUGCUAGCGAACUGACUUUAAAUAUCUUCAAGUACCUUGCAUAUAACACAGCGUCUAUGGUGUGGCUGACGUCAACUGGCAUGAUUCAGGGCCGUAGCCCCGACGGAGCAGUGGUGGGAGGCCUCUUACGCACGAUCUCAACGGAGGUACUGACAGGGCGCUUCUGCUCUGUCGACAUCGAUGCCGAUCACUUCGAUGUCGGAGAAUUGGACACGAACGAGCUGGUUCGGACUCUCGCGGACAAGGAGCAGGAACUCCAGCAGCGGAACGAUAACCAGAGUGAAGAUCGGGAGUUCGCCUGGCACAAUGGCUGUCUGUGGGUAAGUCGGUUGGUCCCUGAGGCCGCGUUGCACGGAUAUGCAGAGCGCAUUCAGAUGCCCGCAACCCACGGCGUCCAACUCUUGCCUCUUGGCAGCCGGGGACCAGUGCGCGCCGCUUUUGAGACGUCGGGGAUGCUCAGUUCGCUCUACUUCAAGCCUUACACCGAGUUGGCCCAUCCUCUCCCGCAGGAUUCGAUUGAGGUCAAAGUGGCCGGUGUAGGACUGAAUUGGAAAGAUUUAGCAGUCUCGACGGGCCGCUUUGAUAUGAACAACCUUUCUUCUGAGUAUUCCGGUGUCAUCACGAGAGUCGGUGCAGAAGCAGCCUCUCGCUUUGCCGUGGGUGAUUUGGUAUACGGUCUGGGUGAGGGCCACUUUGGCAACUAUACACGCGUGCCUGGCGCCCUCGCGCAGAAGGCGCGCGUCGGCGACGAUCUGCUCAGCAUGGCGACGAUGCCGGUCGUCUUUAUGACAGCAAUAUACGCAUUUGAGCAUCUGACGCGCCUGCGCCGUGGCCAGAAAGUCUUGAUCCAUUCUGCGUCGGGUGGUGUCGGUCUCGGUGCAAUUCAAUUAGCACAAGCCAAGGGUGCUGAAGUUUAUGCGAUGGUUGGAACACCAGAGAAAGCACGCUUCUUGGUUGGAGAUGUUGGCCUCCCACCAUCACAUGUGUUAACGCGCGAACCGGAAGAGUUUGCACGAGCCACCGUCGCCACUGGCGGCUUUGAUGUGAUUCUGAGUACGGCCCAGGGCGAUAGGCUUUAUGAAUCCAUCCAGGCGCUCGCUCCCCUGGGCCAUCUCAUUGAUCUCGGCCGGUUGGAUGUCAUUGGUGCUAGAAGAAUUGGUCUGGAGCUGUUCCAGAAGAGUGCCAGCUUUUCGUCGUUCGAUCUCACUCAGCUGGUGCGUCAUGACUUGGGGCUUGGAGCUGAGCUCAUACAGGCCGUGGAUGAUCACUAUCGGGCUAAUAAUAUCGGUCCCAUCCGGCCGAUGUCUGUUUCAGAUAUCUCCCAGCUCGAUCAGACACUGCUCGGUUUCUCCAAGGGUACCCAUGUUGGCAAGCUGGUAGUGAGCUUCCAGGAUCCUAACACGCUUGUCCGGACUGUUUUAGCACCCCCAGCGGCCCAAUUUGACCCCAAAGCUUGUUAUGUUGUCACCGGUGGUCUGAGUGGUUUGGGGCGGUCGGUUAUCCAAUGGAUGGGCAACAGGGGCGCUCAAGAAAUCGUGGUAUUGUCUCGCCGUGGUUCCCACACCCCAGAUGCGCAGACACUUGUCGAUGCUAUGACCAAGCAUGGGGUGCGUGUCCACCCUGUGGCUUGUGAUAUCAGCAGCUUGAAGCAGGUUGCACGGGCCAUCAAAGAAGCAUCCUCCAUUCGACCGGUCAAGGGUAUUGUCCAUUGCGCGGUAUCAUACCAGGACAUUUCCUUCGAUAAGAUCUCUCUCGAGGGCUGGCGUAAUGGUCUUGCUGCAAAAGUGCACGGAACAUGGAAUUUGCACGAAGUCACGAAGGUCCUCCCACUGGAUUUCUUCAUCAUGACCACUUCGAUCCUCUCGGUUCUCGGCUUCGCAACUCAGGGUGCCUACACAGCCGCCAACAAUUUUCAGGAUCAGUUUGCGCGCUAUCGCCGCCGUCAUGGCCUGCCUGCUACAGCCGCCCAGUUUGGAUUAGUCAACGAUGUAGGCCACCUCAGUACUUCUACCACGACACUCCAGUUGAUGACUCGCAAUAAGGCUCUUACCGUGCCAGAGAGCUACUUCCUUCGCCUGCUGGAACCAGCGUUCAUCGGCGAUGUUGGCUUGCAAUUCAAUGGUGCUGCAGUUGACCCAUUAGCAGCCGCGACAUAUGUGACCUCCAUGGAUCCGGCGCAAAUGGCCCAGAAAGAACGAGAAAAUACCGAGUUUGGCAUCCGCAGUGCCGCCCAACCACGUUGGUACAGUGACGCGCGUGUAUCACACGUGAUUCGCGGGCUCGACGACGUGAUGCGCCAUAAUCGAGGAGAUGAGAAAUCAGGAUCAGCCGGAGACUUAAAAGGCGGGCGCUUAGCCACUACCCGAACGCGUCGCAAAUUUGAUGAUUUGGUUCAAAAAGCGCGUACCGCAUCUGACGAGAAUCAAAAGUUUGAGCUGCGCGCCCUGGCGCUGCAGCUUACUUCACAGUGGAUCGCCACCACAAUCGCAACAAUGCUGCUGGUGGAUAUAUCAUCUAUUAAUACAGCUCGUGCUGUGACUGACCAUGGUCUGGAUAGUCUCAUUGCGGUAGAGUUGCGCAACUGGUUCCACUUGGCUCUUGGAUUCAAGGUUACUAUGCUAGAUCUUCUGGACUCGCGCACCAGUAUCAAAUCCCUGGCCGCAAGGGUGGUUGAUGCUGUGGACUUUAAAGGAUGA